AUGCACAUCGCCCCUCUGACACUCACAGCGCAGCUGUGCUACCGUAUUGGUGGCACAGUGGUGUGCGUCUUCUUUACCGUCUUUGGCUACCUGGUGUGGCGUACGCAGGGCUAUUACGAACUGACACCUGAAGGGCAACAACGCAGCGCCGGCUUUACGCCGAACGGUAUCGCCGGUGUCACGGGCUUCUUCACGUUCGCCGGCCUCGCUGUGGUGCUUCUCAUCGAGACGACGCUCUUCUACGUGCGCUACGCCUUCCACCCAUCCCACAAGGGCCGCUACUGGACGAUGCACCGGUAUGCCUCCGUGAUCCUUCAGGCCGCUCUGGGUAUCCUCUACGUGGGAACUGGCGUGACGCUCCUCGUCAAGUGGAGCGGCAAUUCUGCACAGUGCGCUUUCAUCUUCUGCUUGGGAGUCGACAAGUACCCGAAGACGCCUCGAACGCGCGGGGCCGACUUCGAAUCUUUCCUCUCCGUUAUCAUCUUCUUCGUCCUGGUGCCUGCAGGGCUGGUGCUGCUGUACCGCGUCUUCACUAUUGCCAUGCUGCAGUGGGCCGAGAAAGUGGCGCGCGAGUGUGAUGCGGCGAGCGUGGCAGCCGACGCGCAAGCGUCCAGCAGCGCCUCCAGCCAGUCCACUGGCGAAGGAACAUCCUCGCCGGGAAGGGGUGGUGGUGUGGUUGCUGCAGUGGCGACGGAGGCGAACCCAAUGGCAAAGCCGGUGAGCAUCCGGCCAUUUCAGCCGAAGUCGAGGGUGAAGCAGGUGUGCCGCCUUGUCGGCGUGCUGAUUGGCAUCCUGGUGUGCGCCAUUCUCUCCUUCUGGCUGCCAAACGACUCGCGCCGUUGGAACCCCAACUGUAUCGCCUCCUUCGCUCGCAAUGGUGUCUCGCGCGAGAGACGCACUACUAACAUGACCGUGCCGGAGAUGCCGGACGCGUGGUUCCGCACCGGCCAGAUCCGCUUCUCUGAUGACCUGACGCUGAAACUGUUCCCGGGCAACGUCUUCUUCUACGUAUACCUGCUGAUGACGGCGAUCGUUGUGUUGGUGCUGCGGCUGACGCAGCGCGGGCGGUACUGGGUGCAGCGCCGCAUUCCGCUGUGCGCGUGCUUCACAUGUGGCGAGGCCGCCUUUGUCGCCGCUACGGCGCUGCUGUCGGUCAUGUUCUUCAUCUACUGGCUACACGACCACAACUACAAACAGACUUGGACUGUGACUGCGAAUGAGAGUGCACAGAUUGAGGCGCCGGAGCGCUGGGCCCGCGGACUGGGCCAGCUGGCCAUCCUGUUCCUUUCGCUGCUGUUGCUGCCGGUGAGCCGUCAGUCGGUGGUGGUCAGUGUGCUUGGUGUGUCGCGGGAUGGCAUGUUGUGGUUCCACCGCGCUGUCGGCUACGCCAUGCUGGCGGCCACGGUUGGCCACAUCGUGGCCUUUUAUGUGUCCUACGCCAGCUUUGGGUAUCUCAUGCAGAACCUGAACACCGUCACCAAUUUCGUGUGCAAGAAGGGUGUUUACGACGACUACACCGUUUUGGUCGUGACGUGGACAACGUGGUUCCUGCUGAUCUCCAUGGGCAUCUUUGCCCUCAAUCUGAUGCGCCGCCGCCACUACGAGCUGUUCUACUACACGCACCUCGCCGCGACGUACAUGACGCUACCCGCCAUGCUCUUCCACGCCUCUGCUGGCUGGAUGUACCUGCUCCCCGGCAUGACGGUGCUCCUGUCUGACCAGCUGGUGCGUCUGUGGCAGCGGUCCGCCGUGGUGCGCGUCGUGCGCGCGCGCGUGAUCGGCGACGACACGACGGAGCUCGCCUUCACUGUGCCCGGGCGAUGGGAUAUGCGGCGCGUGCACCCGGGACAGUACGUGCUGGUGUGCGUGCCGGAGCUGACGGCGCUGCAGUGGCACCCCUUCACGCUGAUCAACGUCGUGGACGAGGAGUCGGCUGUCGUCGGAAGCUCGAAGGUGAGCGCGAAGGAGACCGUGUUCUACGUGCACGUCAAGUCAAUGGGGCCGAAGACGUGGACGGGGCGGCUGUACGACCUAGUGAGCCGCGGCGAAGAGAUCACGAUGGCUGUGGAGGGGCCCUGUGGGACGCCGGUGGUCUACCGCCACUAUGGCAACAUUGUUCUGGUUGCCGGUGGCAUCGGCGCGACGCCGUGCGUAUCGAUCCUCGGGUCGCUGCUGCGCCAGUGCCACGCUCUCGGCCACAGUGGCGCUAGCCCACGUGUGACUUUCAUUUGGUCUACUCGCUCUGCGCGUCACGUGAAGGCGGUAGCAGACAUGCUGCAGCUGCCGAUGCGGUGUGGCGACGUGGUUCGUCAACCUGCGACCCGUGCGGCGCUGGUGAAGAAGAUCGACACGUGUGUGGCACCCGAAGACGUCACCAACGAUGUGAGGCUGAAUACCGAGAUCAUCCAGCCCGCCAAUUCUCUGGAGCAGGACGAGCCGCUAAAUGAGGAGUUCAGUGCGGUGAACGAGGGUGUCCGCAUAGCUGACGACGCAGUGCAAAACUUUUUUCUUGACGUCUAUGUCACUCGUACGACGGAGCUGCAGCAUUUUUCCAACGGAGACGCGUGCCUGGGCGAGCAAUGCUCAUCAACGCCCUUCACUCCCUCGCCAAAGAAAGGCUUUGUGGAGUUGGAUAGCAAAACGCUUAGUUGCGCGGGUGCCAUGGGGACUGUCCAAAAUGCUGUGGACAGCGCCUCGCCUUGGAAGCAGAAGACAGCGACAGCGACGACGACCGGGCCGCACGGCAAGGCUGACGAUGCGGAAGAAGCGAAGGCGUUCUCCAAUGCGUCUAUGGGCAGGGAAAGCAAAGGCCUUGAUUUGACCGGCGCCGAUGGCUGUGAGGAUCGCAUCAACGGCUCUUCAGAGUCGACUGCACAUAGAAUGGGGUGGAAAGUUUUUGGCGACGCUGCAUCUGCUAUGGAUGAGGAAGGUGCCUUUAUGUUGAAUGGGCUUUCCAGGUGGUCGUCAAGCUCUGUUACGAAGUCGAGCGAGCGCCUGCAUGAUAACAGCGACAGCAGCGGCAGCGGGUGUGUGGCGCUGAAGGUGCACUCGUGGCGCCCCGAUGUCGAUCGCCUCAUCCGCGAGGCACUCAAGCAGCCUGGAUCUGGCGUCCAGGAAUCCUCGAAACUGGACAAGGCCCGCACGUUGUUGUUUGUGUGCGGUCCGAACUCGCUCGUUCGCCAGGUAACGGCCUCAGGGGCGCAGCUCGGUGUGGCGGUGCACAAGGAAGAGUUCCUCUUCUAG